AUGGAGCGGACGGUGAGUGAGCUCAUAUCGCAGCAGGGCCCUACGCCGCACAUGGGUCAGCUGCGAUGCCUGAUGGAACGUCGUGGCUUGCAUAGUCUCAAAGGCUACAAGAAACGCUUCUGGGUUGUAGAUGAGCGUAAUGGACGGCUAGAGGUGUACAAAAAUGACCAGGAGCACGUUCCCAUACAUGUCUUUCGUGCAGCGGACAUCCGUAACGUUAUCUACGCCGAUGACAAGCAGAACCGCUUCUUCGUGAUGAUGGUACAGACACGCGGGCCACGCGACAUCAAGUUCCGCAUGAGCAGUUUUGAGGAACGCGAGUCCUGGUCCAAGGCGAUUACGCAUAUAAUGGACGUCUACUCUGCCAUCAACAAACACAAGAACGUGCUAGGCAUGGUGUUGCGGCGUGCCAAGACCGUGUCGGAGGCGCUCGGGGUGAACAUCUCGAUUGACAGCGGGCGCCUGCUCGCUGAGGUGCCGGAGGACUUGCUGCAGUACGUUGCCGAGGCUGUCGACAUUGCCUUGGCGAGUGUCACGUCGAUUGCACGCUCCUUCAGUGAGGUAGAAGUGGACAUGCCACGCAGCUACAUCCUCUACGUGCACGCUAUCACUGAAGAGCAAUCACCGCAACAGCCCAAGGAAACUAAGUAUAAUCCGGAAGGGCGCACCAUGACCAUGAACGUGUGUCUUCUCCGUGUGAAGUCAGAACGGGUGAGUUUUUCAGUGACACAACCAGAGGAGGUGUUUCGGCUGGUGCAAUCAAACGUCUUCCGAAAUCCUCUUAUUGAGGGCUGGAUAGAGAGUGAGCCGAACUGUGCGCGUGCGUGCGCUGACAUCCAGGACUACCUCGGGCUGCCUGCAGCGCGGCGUAGCUGGAUCACGUUUCAGUGGGGCCAGCAUCUGAGCGACAGCGCCAAGGUAGAGGCCUUUCUGCAGAGGUUUGUGACAGUGACGUUCUUCAAACGAGCGCUGCAGAGCGUCAGGGAUGCUGUGGUGCGUAUAGAGCGGCUGAUUGCUGACACGAAUGCGCAGGCGACCGCGAAGAGCUUCAUGGGGGGCACCGCUGCCGUUUCAACGCGGGAUGGUGGUGGUUUAUCGCCGUUUAGUGUAUGGCGUCCGGUCACGACUACGGGCGUAACCGUGCAGCCGGACAGCGCUUUUUUUUUCGGCAAUAACGGCACUUCCGCUGCGACUGUGACUGGAGGCUUGAGCGGUGCAGCGGCAAAUGGUAAUGGAGGCGGUGGCUUUCAGAGCAACCAAGCCUCGUUAGCUGUUGUGACAAACAGCGCUGCGGGUGUCGGUUCCGACGCCGCGCUUGCUAUUCAGCUUAUCCGUGAGAAUGUGGCAGGACUGUGCAUCCAGCUGGAUAAACGCGUUGUCGAGAAGGCUACUGUACCACCACCGAUCGUCACAUUGCACGCCUCCGAGUACGAGCAGCACUGCCAGCCCGCGUUCCUGCUGGUGACCAAGUGCCGUCGCGUCUUGCCUCUCAAGCACCGCGUGACGGGCGAUGUGCUAAGUGACGAGCUCUACGAGGUGGGCUACAACGCCUUUCUGCAGCAGCAGCUCAGUCUGCUGCGGAUAGAACUUAAUGGUAUCUUUUACAAGCAGGUGAGGGUGGUAGUCAUGUGGGAUCCCCUCUUUCGCGCUGCCGCAGCCCUGAAGACUCCGAUUAGUAUAGAGGAAUUGCCGCACCUUUUGCGGCACGUGAAGGAUGUUUGUCUAUCUAGGCUACAGCACGUUGUACAGGUUCUGCGCAAUGCACACACCGAUGUGCCUGGGCAUGUGGAGGAUCACAAUUACCUGUACAACGCCUUCUGCAGCUGCGUUGGGACCGUCGUAGUCAACUUCUUGCCGUAUACGGUCAGGAGCGACGCGAGCGUUGUUGAGCCAAAGUUGCAGGCUGGCGUACUUACCGACACGCUCUACUGUACCAAGGAGGAGUCAAUGCCGAGCUUGAUGGCGGUUCUUGGUCACGUCCACCGGGGCGGCAACCCCAAAACGACGCGAGCCUCGCUUCUGGGGACAGGCUCGCACAGCGUUGUCCUGUAUGCGGCCGAGGCAAAGCUUGGGGCAUGGUGCGAAAACUACUUCUCCAACCCUAAGCACGCGAUUCCAGACUCGCGAAUCCAACUUGUGGAGGACGAAUUUGACAGCGACACGGAUGGCACGUCGGUUGGGAUGCUGCAGGACACCGACUUUGGCGAAGCUGUGGCCUACGAGCGUAGCGCUGAGAUUGGACUGCUGACGAUGCAGCGAGUCGUGAACGCCAUCUACGACUCGCAGUGCCAAGCACCGGUGGAUCUGAAGAUCGGCUGCGACGACAUUAUGCGCGCCAUCCACGCCUUCGUCUCCUCCUUUGGCGAUGGCAAGCGACCCAGAAAGCACGAUGUGGCGCGCGUCCUCAUCAUCAACCUUCAGCGCCUGCGCCAAAUGUAUGUGCGUGCAGUGGACGACGAGACCACGUCGCUGCUGACGUUCGAGCAGGCUCGCCAGCUUCUGCGCGACUUCUGCGAAUACAAAACAAACGAACAAUACAUCGAUGUCGCGCUGCGCGAGAUUUCGAAACUGGGGAUAGAGCCAUUGUCGCCGCUGGUGGAAGAGGAAAACAAACGCCGCAGCGAGUUGCACCAGCCGGUGGAAGCGGCGGAAGAGGCAAUCGAUAUUUACGCGACUGACAGCGGCGGCCGGCUAACGGGGAGUAAUAUCUAUGAGUACAGCCCCAACACCCGGGGCCCGAACGCGGUCAACUUUAGCGUCGUGAGCAGUAGCACUCCGGUCGAAGCGGAGAUGGUAAGGCGUGGCAGCAGGCGCUCCUUGUCGCGGCGGCGGUUCCAGAGCAACGGCAAUCGGGUCAGUACCACCGCCCCUUCCCGUUCCAGGGAAAGCCCAUCAGCGGUGACAGAAGGGCCGAUGUCCGACCGCAGUGGCCUGCACAUUCGUCUUUCCUCCUCAGCGUCCGAUGCCUUCGACUUUGCUUCUGUCACAGAGGUAGCGCUGAUGGAGUUACUGCCUCGCGAGGCCCGCCUUGCUCGUCUAGCGUUGCGUGUCGGAUUUGUCUUCGGCCUUGAGAACACGGGCAAGUCACUUAUUAUCAACUCCAUGCGCGGUAUUGCAAGUCCGACAGUGGCGACGGUGGGACUCUCUCAGCAAGUUGUCGCUUUUGACGAAUGGGUGUGGGCGCUGAAUGAGCUUGGCGGCCGUGAGAGCUUCCGCAAUAACUGGCGGUACUAUGCACUCCGCAUCGAAACCGUUCAUUUUCUCGUGUUCGCUCUCGACAUCCUCAACGUGCAAGCGCUGAGCGAGGCGCAGCAGUACUUGAAGGAGGUCACCAAAUACUACCAUGACGCACCGCUGCUUGUCAUCUUCAAUAAUUUUCGAGAAGGACACCGCCACUUUGACAUUGCCGAGUUCGAGUCUCUCAUCGAUCUCGAUAAGCUGCGGAGGCGGCACGGUUCCGAGGUGUUCUCCUGUGUGUGCGACAUCACAGUGGUGCACUCGAAGAACCGACAGCUCCCCCCAAAACUGCGCACCACGCUGCGCAGUCUCGCCAACCUGCUCAUGGCCCGCUCAAAGGAUGAAGAUGGCGGGGACGGGGGACCUCCGCCGGUGCCGAAGGUGAUGACCACUUCCAUCUCCGAAAGCGUGGCGGGUGCUGCAGCUGGCGCUGCAGCAGCUGGUGCUGGUGUAGGGCUCUCGCGUUAG